AUGGUGCGGCUCCAGACAGGAGGAAAAAUCAGCCGUCAUCACGCCCAGCACUUCUCCGACCUGUGCUUUACCGGUGCAAUCAGUGGGACCAUUCACACGUCGAUAAAGCUGGCCUACCCGCGCAAGGAAAGACGAACUAUGCCUCGGCUCUUACAAUCGCUCCUGCUCGCCGCCGCGUGCGCCAUCUCGGCGGUGUCCGCCGUCGACAUCUCCGUCAAGGCCACCGGUGGCAACGUCACGAGCGGCCACCAGUACGGCUUCCUGCACGAGGAUAUCAAUAACUCGGGCGACGGCGGCGUCUACGGCGAGCUCAUCCGCAACCGAGCCUUCCAGUACGGCAAGCGGUUCCCCGUCUCGCUUGACGGGUGGUCGCCCGUUAAUGAGGCCAGCCUCAAGCUUAACCGGCUCGACGAUCCCCUAUCUGAGCAGCUGCCCGUCUCUCUCAGCGUCGCAGUCGGCGAUGCUGAGGGCCCCGUUGGCUUCUCCAACGACGGCUACUGGGGCAUCGACGUUAAGAAGCAAAAGUACACGGGCUCCUUCUGGGUCAGGGGUGCUUACGAAGGCGCUUUCACGGCAUCACUGCGCUCGGCGCUCAAUGAUGAUGUGUUUGGCAGCGUCGAGAUUGAGUCUAAGUCCGUGAGCGAUGACUGGGUUGAGCACGAGGUCGAACUCAUCCCGGACACCGACGCUCCCAAUACGAAUAACACGUUUACCGUGACUUUUGAUCCUGCUGGCCGCAAGAACGGCCUCCGCCUCGACAUCGCCGAGGCGCUCGAGGGUCUUCAUCCUACCUUUUUCCGUUUCCCCGGUGGCAACAUGCUCGAAGGGGACGAUAUUGACAACUGGUGGGACUGGAAAGACAGCCUCGGCCCUCUCCGUUACCGCAAAGGCUUUCAAAACACUUGGGGCUAUGAAAUGACCAACGGUCUCGGGCUCAUGGAGUACCUCCUCUGGGCCGAGGACAUGGGCAUGGAGAUGAUCGUCGGAGUCUUUGGUGGCCUCGCCCUUGACGGCUACGUUGUCCCUGAGGACGAGCUACAGCCCUACAUCGAUGACGCUCUUAACCAAAUCGAGUUCAUCCGCGGCCCCGCCAACUCAACCUGGGGCGCCAAGCGCGCGGAACUCGGCCACCCCGAGCCCUUCCCGCUCCAUUACGUCGAAGUCGGCAAUGAAGACUGGCUUGCUGGUUACCCCGGCGGCUGGGACUCGUACCAGAAAUACCGCUUCCCCAUGUUCCUCAAGGCAAUCAAUGAAGCGUACUCCGAUAUCACAGUCAUCGCGUCCGGCGCUACCACGGACGGCUACCAAAUACCCGAGCCCGGCAUCGGCGACUACCACCCGUAUCGCAAGCCCGACAACUUCCUGGAAGAGUUCAACUUGUUUGACAAUCAACCCAUUCCCCAUGUUAUCGGCGAGGUUUCCUCCACUCACCCUAACGGCGGGCUUGGUUGGGAUGGUCCGCUCGCCCCGUGGCCCUGGUGGAUCGGUUCCGUGGGCGGAGCUAUUGGCCUAGUCAGCUACGAGCGCAACGCUGACCGAAUCUACGGAACUUUUACGCACCCAUCCUCCGUAACCUAA